UGGGUCCCGCAUGGCGGCCGGCAGGCGCGCGGCGGCCGGGCCUCGGUCGCGCCCCGCCAUGGCGCAGUGGAGGAAGAAGAAGGGGCUCCGGAAGCGCCGGGACGCGGCCUCCCAGGCCCGCGACAGCGACUCGGAGGACGGCGAGUUUGAGAUCCAGGCGGAAGAUGACGCCCGGGCCCGUAAGCUGGUGCCCGGCAGAGCCCUGCCCACCUUCCCCGCCCCGGAGUGCGCCCCCGACCUGGAGCUGGACACCCGGCAGAUGGUGCGGGCCCAGCAGCGGAAGAAGAAGUCCGGAGGCUUCCAGUCCAUGGGCUUGAGCUACCCGGUGUUCAGAGGCGUCAUGAAGAAAGGCUACAAGGUGCCCACGCCCAUCCAGAGGAAGACCAUCCCGGUGAUCCUGGACGGCAAGGACGUGGUGGCCAUGGCCCGGACGGGCAGCGGCAAGACGGCCUGCUUCCUGCUGCCCAUGUUCGAGCGGCUCAAGGCCCACAGCGCCCAGACCGGGGCCCGCGCGCUCGUCCUCUCGCCCACACGGGAGCUGGCCCUGCAGACCCUGAAGUUCACCAAGGAGCUGGGCAAGUUCACCGGCCUCAAGACCGCCCUGAUCCUCGGUGGGGACAAAAUGGAAGACCAGUUUGCGGCCCUGCACGAGAACCCUGACAUAAUCAUUGCUACUCCUGGGCGGCUGGUGCACGUGGCCGUGGAGAUGAACCUGAAGCUGCAGAGUGUGGAGUACGUGGUGUUUGACGAAGCCGACAGGCUCUUCGAGAUGGGGUUUGCAGAGCAGCUGCAGGAGAUCAUCGGCCGCCUCCCCGGGGGCCACCAGACGGUGCUGUUCUCCGCCACGCUGCCCAAGCUGCUGGUGGAGUUCGCCCGGGCAGGCCUCACGGAGCCCGUGCUCAUCCGCCUGGACGUGGACGCCAAGCUCAACGAGCAGCUCAAGACCUCCUUCUUCCUGGUGCGCGAGGACACCAAGGCCGCUGUGCUGCUCCACCUGCUGCGCAACGUGGUGCGGCCCCAGGACCAGACGGUGGUGUUUGUGGCCACGAAGCACCACGCCGAGUACCUCACCGAGCUGCUGACCACCCAGGGAGUGAGCUGCGCCCACGUCUACAGCGCCCUGGACCACACGGCUCGCAAGAUCAACCUGGCCAAGUUCACGCACGGCAAGUGCUCCGCCCUCAUCGUCACGGACCUGGCCGCCCGGGGCCUGGACAUCCCACUGCUGGACAACGUCAUCAACUACAGCUUCCCCGCCAAGGGCAAGCUCUUCCUGCACCGCGUGGGCCGUGUGGCCCGUGCCGGCCGAAGCGGCACGGCCUACUCCUUGGUGGCUCCGGAUGAAGUCCCCUACCUGCUGGACCUGCACCUGUUCCUGGGCCGCUCCCUGACCCUCGCCCGCCCCCACGAGGAGCCCGCAGGUCCCGCGGGCGGCGACGGCGUGCUGGGCCGGGUGCCGCAGAGCGUGGUGGACGACGAGGACGGCAGCCUGCGCCACACCCUGGAGGCGCGGCUGGAGCUGCGGGGCCUGGGCCGCGUGGCCGACAACGCGCAGCGCCAGUACGUGCGCUCGCGCCCCGCAGCCUCCCCCGCGUCCAUCAAGAGGGCCAAGGAGCUGGAGCUGGCGACGCUGGGCCUGCACCCCCUCUUCAGCUCCCGCUUCGAGCAGGAGGAGCUGCAGCGGCUGCGGCUGGUGGACGGCAUCAAGCAGUACCGCUCCCGGGCGACCAUCUUUGAGAUCAACGCCUCCAGCCGGGACCCGAGCAGCCAAGUAAUGCGCGCCAAGCGGCAGAAGGACCGCAAGGCCAUCGCCAGCUUCCAGCAGGGGCGGCAGGAACGCCAGGAAGGGCCCGCCGGCCCCAUCGCCAGCUGCCCGGCCCCGCAGCAGGAGCUGCAGGAGGAGGAGGAAGGUGUGGAGGCUGUCUUCACGGAGGUCGUGGGCCGGAAGCGGCGGCGGCCAGGACCCGACAGGGGAGCCAAGAGACGGAGGGAGGAGGCCCGGCAGCGAGACCAGGAGUUCUACAUCCCCUACCGGCCCAAAGACUUCGACAGCGAGCGGGGCCUGAGUGUCGGCGGGGCCGGGGGCGCCUUUGAGCAGCAGGUGGCCGGUGCUGUCCUGGACCUGAUGGGGGACGAAGCACAGAGUCUGACCAGGGGCCAGCAGAGGCUCAGGUGGGACCGGAAGAAGAAGCGGUUUGUGGGCCAGUCGGGGCAGGAGGACAAGAAGAAGAUCAAGACCGAGAGUGGCCGCUACAUCAGCAGCUCCUACAAGCGGGAUCUCUACCAGAAGUGGAAACAGAAACAGAAAAUUGAUGAUCGCGACUCCGAGGACGAAGGGGCAGCUGACCGGAGAGGCCCUGAGCACACGGGCAGGAAGCGAGGCCGCGGCCAAGGUGCAUCCCAGCCCCGCGCCCCUGGCGGCCCCGCAGGCCGCGUGCGCUCCGAGCUCAAGACCAAGCAGCAGAUCCUGAAGCAGCGGCGCCGCGCCCAGAAGAUGCGCUUCCUACAGCGCGGGGGCCUCAAGCAGCUCUCGGCCCGCAACCGGCGCCGUGCCCAGGAGCUGCGGCAGGGCGCCUUCGGCCGCGGCGCCCCCUCCAAGAAGGGCAAGAUGCGGAAGAGGAUGUAGGGGUGCGGCCUCGCCUGUUUGCCCGGCCCUGGCGCCGGGGCAGCUCCCUGCAGGAGCAGGAGGCCAGGGUGGCCGCUGGAGACCAGACUGGGGUCCUGGCGGGCGCGGGAGCUUCCCCAGCAACGUCGGCGGCUGCUUCCUCACGCUCAGGGCUCGCCCUGCAUUCUCAUCCCCGGUGGAGUUGACGUGGAAUAAACCUAUACCGAGCGCCUCUGCCGUGCCGGCUGCUC